AUGGGCAAAGUAGUCCUGGUUUCAGCAUUGGCCCUGCUGCUUCAUAUGCAGCUUGGUUCAGCCUACAUUUUAUCAUGCUACUUCACCAACUGGGCGCAGUAUCGCCCCCCUCCCACCAUCUACAUGCCCAAUGACAUCGACCCUUGUCUGUGUACCCAUCUCCUCUACGCCUUUGCCACCAUGACCAACGACUACAAAAUUGCUACAUAUGAGUGGAAUGAUGUGGAGCUCUACAGCCAAUUCAAUGCCCUCAAGGACAAGAAUGGCAACUUGAAAACUCUGCUGUCAGUUGGUGGGUGGAACUUUGGCUCCUCAGGAUUUUCUGCCAUGGUAGCCAGUGCUGCCAACCGUCAGACUUUCAUCAAUUCUGUAAUUGUUUUUCUGAGGAAGUAUGAAUUUGAUGGAUUGGACAUUGACUGGGAGUACCCAGCCAACAGGGGAAGCCCACCGCAAGAUCAGCAACUCUUCUCUGUUCUGUUAGCUGAAAUGAGGGCUGCAUUUGAGGCAGAGGCCAAGAAGACAAACAGAGCCCGACUGCUGAUGUCUGCUGCCGUCUCAUCAGGUCGUGGCACCAUUGAGACUGCUUACCAGAUUCCUCAGCUUGGACAAUCACUGGACAUGAUUAAUGUUAUGACCUAUGACAUGCAUGGCUCAUGGGAUCCCUUCACAGGAGAGUGCAGCCCCCUGUACAGGGAUUCUUUUGACAGUGGAAGUUACAUCUACUUUAAUGUGGACUAUGCCAUGAAUUACUGGAAGAAUAAUGGUGCUCCUGCAGAGAAACUUCUUGUUGGGUUCCCCACCUAUGGAAACACUUUUACCCUGACAAACCCUGCCAACCAUGGAAUUGGAGCUCCAAUCUCCGGGGCUGGAACACCAGGAAAAUACACUCAGGAAGCUGGGGAACUGGCUUAUUUUGAGAUCUGUACCUUCCUGAAAGGGGGCGCAACUGAGGUGUGGAACUCUCAACAAGAUGUGCCUUAUGCCUAUCAGGGAAACCAGUGGGUUGGCUAUGAUAAUGUCAAGAGCUUUCAAAUCAAGGCUCAAUGGCUGAUGAAGAGCAACUUUGGUGGUGCUAUGGUGUGGACCAUUGACAUGGAUGACUUUUUGGGCACUUUCUGUAACCAGGGCAAAUACCCUCUAAUUAAUGUGCUUCACAAAGCCUUUAACCUGGACCAACAAUCCUGCAGUCCUCCUGCAACUCCACUUCCCCCAAUACCAGGAGUGAGCUCCACAACCCCUGGUGCCAGUGGAGGAAGCUCUAGUGGAGGAAGCUCUAGCGGAGGAAGCUCUAGCGGAGGAAGCUCUAGUGGAGGAAGCUCUAGCGGAGGAAGCUCUAGCGGAGGAAGUUCCAGCAGUGGAAGUUCCAGCAGUGGAAGUUCCAGCAGUGGAAGUUCCAGCGGCACCAGCGGCAUGAACAGCUCUUUCUGUGUUGGCAAAGCCAACGGUCUGUACCCAUUCGCCGCCAACAGCAACAAGUUCUAUGAGUGCAGUGGAGGCCAGACUUAUUUCCAGGCAUGUGCAACAAGCCUGGUGUUUGACACAAGCUGCUCAUGCUGCAACUGGAGCUAA